UUAGAUCUUGGGGUCUGGACAGUGACUAGAAGUCUCUCCAAUCGAGGUGAUCCCAGAGGAGGAAGGGACACGACGGGGCGGGGCCAGCCACCCAAGGUCCCCUGCGGGGGACGUCACCGGCCCCAGGUGCGGAGGGCGGGAACUGCCUCGCACCUCCCCGCGGAGCGAGCAUCUUCCCCUCCUCCAUCCAGGCUGCGGCCGGGCCCACAGCUACCCUUUCCGACCCGGCCACACCUGGAACCGCACCCCGGGCCGGGCAGAGGCGGAGAAGGGCGGCCCCCGGGAGGGACCUGGCCCGGAGGAUCGGCGGGGCGGCAGGCGAGGCCCGGAGGCGAGGGCGAGGGCGCUGUGGAUCGAGGCGAUGGCGCGGAGCCCGGGAGAACGGUGCGCCCUGCUACUGCUGCUGCAACUGCUGGCGGUGGUCUGCUUGGACUUUGGAAAUGGACUUCACUUAGAGGUCUUCAGCACAAGAAGUGAGGGCAAGCGAUUCCCUACACGCACUCACUUGGUUCGUCAGAAAAGGGCCUGGAUCACUGCCCCAGUGGCUCUUCGGGAGGGAGAAGACCUUUCCAGAAAGAACCCAAUUGCCAAGAUACACUCUGACCUUGCAGAAGAAAAAGGGAUAAAGAUUACCUACAAGUACACCGGGAAGGGGAUCACACAGCCGCCCUUCGGGAUAUUCGUCUUUGAUAGAAACACAGGCGAACUGAACAUCACCAGCAUUCUUGACCGGGAAGAAACACCGUAUUUCCUGCUGACAGGCUAUGCCUUGGACUCCAGAGGAAACCACUUAGAGAAGCCCUUGGAACUCCGCAUCAAAGUUCUGGACAUCAAUGACAACGAACCCGUGUUCACCCAGGAGGUCUUUGUUGGGUCCGUUGAGGAACUGAGUGCGGCACAUACGCUUGUGAUGAAAAUCACCGCAACGGAUGCAGACGAUCCGGAGACCCUGAAUUCUAAAGUCUCCUACAGAAUUGUCUCUCAGGAGCCUGCAAAUACUCCUGUGUUCUACCUAAAUAAAGACACGGGGGAGAUCUAUACCACCAGUUUUACUUUGGACAGAGAGGAAUACAGCAGCUAUUCCUUGACGGUGGAAGCAAGAGAUGGUAACGGGCAGAUAACAGAUAAACCGGUGCAACAAGCUCAAGUUCAGAUUCGCAUAUUGGACGUCAAUGACAAUAUACCUGUGGUGGAAAGUGAAAUGUAUGAGGGGACAGUGGAAGAAAAUCAGGUCAACGUGGAAGUCAUGCGCAUCAAAGUGACCGACGCAGAUGAAGUGGGCUCCGAUAACUGGCUAGCGAACUUUACAUUUGCUUCAGGGAAUGAAGGGGGCUAUUUCCACAUCGAGACUGACACACAGACUAAUGAAGGGAUUGUGACCCUUGUCAAGGAGGUAGACUACGAAGAAAUGAAGAAGCUGGACUUGAGUGUCCUUGUCACUAACAAAGCAGCUUUCCACAAGUCCAUUAGGAGCAAAUACAAGGCCACACCCAUUCCCAUCACUGUCAAGGUCCAGAACGUGGUGGAAGGCAUUCACUUCCAGAGCAGCGUUGUCUCCGUCCGAGCCAGUGAGGCAAUGGAUAGAUCCAGCCUCAGCCGGUCGAUUGGAAAAUUUCAAGUUUUUGAUGAAGACACUGGACAAGCAGCUAAAGUAACGUACGUGAAGGUGCAAGAUGAAGACAACUGGGUCUCUGUGGACUCCGCCACUUCAGAGAUUAAGCUUCUAAAGAUUCCUGACUUUGAAUCUAGAUAUGUCCAGAAUGGUACCUACACUGUAAAGGUUCUGGCUAUAUCCAAAGAUCAUCCUCAAAAAACCAUCACUGGCACCGUCGUCAUCACUGUUGAAGACGUCAAUGACAAUUGUCCCGUACUGGUGGACUCAGUGCGGAGCGUCUGCGAGAACGAACCAUACGUGAACGUCACUGCCGAGGAUUUGGAUGGACCCCGGAACAGUGGGCCGUUCAGCUUCUCCAUCAUUGACCAGCCUCCUGGAACGGCACAGAAGUGGAAAAUAACACACCAAGAAAGUACUAGUGUGCUGCUGCAGCAGAGCGAGCGGCAGCUCGGGAGAAGUGAGAUCCCCUUCCUCAUUUCCGACAGCCAGGGCUUCAGCUGCCCCGAGAGGCAGGUCCUUCAGCUCACGGUGUGCGAGUGUCUGAAGGGCGGUGGCUGUGCGGCUGCGCUGUAUGACAACUACGUGGGGCUGGGCCCCGCCGCCAUCGCUCUCAUGAUUCUAGCGCUCCUGCUCCUGCUCCUGGUGCCGCUCCUGUUGCUGAUGUGCCACUGUGGAGAGGGCGCCAAAGGCUUCGCCCCCAUUCCUGGGACCAUAGAGAUGCUGCAUCCUUGGAAUAAUGAGGGAGCACCCCCCGAGGACAAGGUGGUGCCCUCGCUUCUGGUGACUGAUCAUGCGGGGAGCUCAGCAGUGAGAGGCGGCGGUGUAGGAGGGGCGAUGCUCAAGGAAGGCAUGGUGAAAGGCAGCAGCUCAGCUUCCGUUACCAAAGGGCAUCACGAGCUGACUGAGGCUGACGGACGAUGGGAAGAACACAGAAGCCUCCUCACCGUCGGGACCACUCACCACGUAGGGACAGCGGGAGCCAUCGCGGCCGGUGAAACCAUAAGGACGGCAAGAGCCACGGGGGCUUCCAGAGACAUGAGUGGGGCUCGCGGAGCCGUCGCCAUGAAUGAGGAAUUCUUAAGAAGUUACUACACGGAGAAAGUGGCCUCCUACGCUGGGGAAGACGAGCUUCACAUGGCCAAAGACUGCCUUCUCGUUUACUCUCAGGAAGACACGGACUCUCUCCGAGGCUCCGUCGGGUGCUGCAGUUUUAUCGAGGGAGAGCUGGAUGACCUGCUCUUGGACGACCUGGGGCUCAAAUUCAAGACCCUGGCUGAAGUUUGCCUAGGUCGAAAGAUCGACAUGGCCGUGGACACUGAACAGAGGCAAAAGCCAGUCAGAGAAACAAGCGCGAAGGUGGCUCCCGGCUCUCACUACGAGCAAGUGACAGCCAACUCAGAGAGCACGUUUUCCUCUAACAGUGCCCUCCAAGCCCCCAAGCCUCUGCAUGGAGCACACACACAGAAAGUCACACAGGAAAUUGUCACUGAGAGCUCUGUGUCUUCCAGGCAGAGUCAGAAGGUAGUGCCGACACCUGAUCCUGUGGCUUCCGGUAACGUUAUAGUGACGGAAACUUCCUAUGCCGCAGGUUCAGCGGGGCCACCCAGCACUGUGAUCCUGGCUCCCAGACAGCCACAGAGCCUUGUUGUGACAGAGAGGGUGUACGCUCCAGCCUCUGCCUUGGUGGAUCAGCAUUAUGCCAAUGAAGAAAAGGUCCUUGUUACGGAACGAGUGAUCCAGCCUAAUGGGGGCGUCCCUAAGCCUCUCGAGGUCACCCAGCAUCUGAGAGAUGCACAGUAUGUUAUGGUGAGGGAGAGAGAGCGCAUCCUUGCACCUAGCUCAGGCGUGCAGCCCACUCUGGCGAUGCCCAGUGUGGCAGCAGGAGGACAGAAUGUCACCGUGACAGAAAGAAUACUGACUCCUGCUUCCACGCUGCAGUCCAGUUACCAGAUUCCCAGUGAAACCUCCAUCAAGGCUAGGAAGACCGUGCUCUCUAGUGAGGGAGGCAUGGGCCCUCUGCCCAAUUUAGAUCUAGAGGAAUCUGGUCAUCCCAACUCCACUAUCACCACAUCGUCCACCAGGGUCACCAAGCAUAGCACCGUGCAACACACUUACUCCUAAAGAGAAGCCAGCCGCAGCCUGAUCCGGAGCUUAAGUAGCUCCCACGGGAUGUGUUUCCACGCCCCUAAUGUUAUAUGAGCCACACAAAGGCGUGCACGCUGAAAGAACUAAUCGACAUGCCAAAGGCGCAGUGUCUCAGGUGGGGCUGUGUUUCAGAAAUGCUCUGUGAUUAUUGGGGGUGGAGUUAAGAUGAUAGUUCCCGAGUGCCUUUUAGUGCACUGUGCAAGCAAUACUUGCAAAUGGGACACGUAAAACUGGGUUCCAAGAACUUACCAAAUUAAAGCAGGGUAUCUAAUCCAUCUGGUCCAGAGAGAUGGGUCCCUGCACAAUGCAGUGAUAUCCAGCAUUAUAUCACAGAACCCCUUAUAUUACAGAACCCCUUAUAUUAUAUUACAGAACUAUAGCUACCAAAUAGCGCAUUCACCCAGAGACACAUCUCCACUCUGGGCCUUCAACCUCAGUUUUUGGUUCACUUUAACACUGGAACCCUAAGUACACCAGAGGCCAGAAAAAAAAAAAACAAAACACUGGAGCCCCUUUUAAUUGUGUAAAGUUGACUGGAAUUUAGAACACUGACAGGAUAAGAAUACAUAUUGUAUAUUGUCCCUGCACAUGAUAUGUCCUGAGAGUUUAAAAAAAAAUGACUUCAUAUUUCUCCUCAUUUAUCAGAGGUCAUAAAAAUGUUGAGCAUUUCAAAUUAGCCAUGAUAGCCGAAUGUGGUGGUGCAGGCCUUUAGUCCAAAACUCAAGAGGCAGGCAAAUCUCUCCAGGUUCUAAGUCAACUUGGUCUAUAUAAAGGCUUCCAGGACAGCCAGGGCUAUAUAGGAAAACCCUGACUCAAACAAACAACAACAAAUACUAGUAAUGAUCCAGGAUAAAAUUCCUAGUUAACUUUUCUGUAAUGUGAUAGUAGUCUACGAAGAAAAACCCCAUCAUGUAUCUGUUUCUUAGCUCCAAGUUAAUGCACUUAGGGGCUGGACACAUGACCAAGUGGUUAGGAGCACAUUACUACUCUUGCAGAAAACCCUGCCUUCAGUUUCUGAUGUCCAGAUACUGUGUCUCACAACCAGCUCUAAUUCCAACUCAGGGGAUCUGAUGCCCUCUAAUGGACUCCAAAGACAUUGCACUCACAGUUGAGUGUGGUUAGUGAGCCGCAGUAUUCCAUCACUCUUACAUCUCAGUGCCUCUCAGAGCCGCCAUAUUCUCCUCUUGCCGUUGGCUGCCUUACAUUCUCAGUGCCUCUCACAGGGCCCAAGCCAAUAUCCAUGGGUCAACGUAAGUUCCACAAACCACUCUUGUAUAAUUAGUCGAAUGUCAAGAAGACUUGUAGUUCCAUGAUUUGGAAUUAUGAACUUUAUCACCUUGAUAUCUGGAAGUAAUUGGCUGGUCAUGACUUGAUACACAUGAAGUAAAUAUUUUAUCAUAAAAACCCUUGAGUAGUUGGCCCAGUUUCAUUCAACUUCCUUGCCUUGUUUCUCUAAGGAGGUUGUUGUUUGGAUUGUGCGGAAAAUCAAUGGAAAGUGUUGUAUGAUAAAAAUUUGCUUCUAAAAAAUGUUUUCAAACCUAUGUAUAUAUCAGUCACAAUUUAUAUCCAUGUUUCCCACCCAAAACAAAUGUUGAAAAACCAUCAAAUUUCUGGAUAUUUUGCUAGGAAAUGCUACACUUACACUUUUAUAGACUUUUUAAAAAAUGUUUAUAUGAAUUGUGUUGUGAAAAAAUGUUAUACUGUGCCCCCUAUGAUGCAUGAAGUGGUUUUAUGCAUGGUCUGCUGUGUGGGGUAGAGGUCUCCUAAUUCCUAUGAUCUGGAAUUGUUUACUUUCUACAAAGUAAGCUUUGUGGGGAUAUUGCUUUCAUUUUCUUUGUAGCUGAUGUUAUUUUACCAAGUGUGCAGCAGAAAUUACACUACUGUUGGUGUUAUGAACACAUCCUAUGUGCUUAAAAAAACUAAGUCUUGAGCUCCCUUUGUGGGUGGGUUUGAGGUCCCACUUCUCUGUUGUACAGGGUAUAAUCUUCCUUGUUCCUCAAACGGUGAUUUGCAUUAGUUUUUACAUUUGUUCCUUGGGAGGAUUGCAUUUGUGUGUGUAUCCAUGUAAAAUAUUUUAAUAAAAAGGCCACCUGCCUUCAGAGUGA